AAUUUUCCAUUUGCUUCGAAGAAAAAUGCAUUUAAAAAUCCGCAAUAUCCUAAGCUUUUGGGACUACCGAUUCCUACACGAACGUCAAAUCGUCUCCACCAGCCACCGAGUCCUCAACGCUGCAACUCUGCAGCCAAUUUCUAGGGUUCAGGCGGUGAUCGGAUUCUCGUCGUCCGUUUCCGCUUCAACAAUCAUCAUGAACUGCGAAGUUUGUCAACUCAAAGAACUGGAAGUGGAGCACUUUCAGAUACACGAGGUUUUGAGCUGUAUUUUACAUACCAUUGUGUUUCACCGUGCUCUUGGUCUGGUGCGGCCCAAAGACGUUGAUUUGGAACUUUUUGAAAUCACAUAUGUGCAAUGUGGGGAUGCGGAAAUCGAAAAGAAAAUAAGAGAGAAGAUUGAAGAGUUCAUAAGUUGGGUUGAGAAACAUCCAAACAAGAAAAGUCAGAUUUGUUUAUCUUUCUAUGAGGUGAAAAGCAAACAGCAAUCAUGGUUCACUAACAAAACUGAGCGAUUAUAUUGGGAACGGUGGUAUGUUAAUUUGAAUGUGACUCAACACCCAAGGGCACAUUCUGGCAAGUCUCAUCAUUCAAAAGUAGUUGUAGACCCUGGAGAGAGUGAAUCCGAGGAGAGAAGUGUUCGCAGAGCAGCACUUGAAGCAUCUAUCCGGGAGGUUAUGUUUCAAAUUAUAAAGUUUGCCAAUGAGAAGAAAGAUCAUGUUCCAUCCAUAUCUGAGGGCAUCAUCCAUUUUCCCUACGAAAUUACUUUCCCAAGGUCAGCUCUCCUUUUCUUCUGUAGCAUAAUCUCUUUGAGAGCCAAGAGAACUCCUAGAAUGAUAAUUUAUUUCUUGAUUAAUUUACAAAGAGGAAUAUUGUGGUGGGUUAGAUAAGAGGAAAGUUUAUUGGAUUUGUGUGAAAUGUUAAUCAAUGUUACCUGUUUAGCAUAGAUAGUGAAUGUUAGGUCUUUAAGGGACAGUUUAUAUACUUAAGAGUGUGAAAAUGUCAAUCAAUGGUUCCUCUUAUUUCCUUUCUUGAAGCUAAGGCUUUCAUAUUUAUGCUGUUUUGAUUGACUAACUUACUAAAGGAAGCUCAGAGACAAUCAUCCCCCAUUCUCUCAUCUGGUUUAAGCAACACAUCUGUUUUAAGUUACCAGUGUUCUUGUGUUGAGUAACAAGCCAAAAUUUAGUGGGGAAAUGGAAAUGUGUAACUAGGAUCAUUUGACUGCUGGUGAGGCAUUGCUUUUGUUUUGAUAAGAAAUUGUUGCUGCCAACAUUUCUUUUUGUUAGGAAAUUACAGUGAGGAACAUGAUUAGACUGCUGAGUUAACAUUGUGCUGCCAUUACUCAGUUCAUCAGACUCCGCUUUUGGGAUGGACGUGAUCAAGAGGAUGCUUCAAACUGGGCAUCCAACCAUGCUUAGCUGAUUAUCAGACCUGGCAAGCUGAAUCACAUCCCACCAAAAUCUCCUCCAUGGUGAAAAAAAAAAGGUUACUCUUCUCGUAAUUUCCUCAAAUGUGCAUAAAAUUAAUCUUAAGGCCAUAUAUUCCAUGUGAAUAAGAAAAGUGGAACAACAAAAGUAUUUAAUCCAAUGGCUGGUUUCUUUAAUACAUGUGCUGUGUAGCCCAGCUAUCAGGUAUAGAAAACAAUCUUCCCUUUACCUUACUGUGUCCUGUCUAUUGGAGUAUUUAGCAUGGGACAGAGGGAAGCUUCUGGUCGGUACAGUUAGUGUCUAUAUUAUCAAAGAUAGGAUUCUAAUCUGCGUGGCUGGUUGCAUUAUAUUUGUAAAUAUUAUCUCCUUUGUGUGCUUAAUGACAUACCCUUUUCAUACUAUUUAUUUCACAUUCACUGAAACUAUGAAUGCCAUUAUCGUGCUGUAUCAUUUGAAA